UGCAUUCCUACAAAAUUGCAAGAGAAACAAUACUUAGCAAUUUUGGAGCAAAUCAUCCUCCAGCUCAACAUACCCUACAUGUUACUAUUUUUAGGUUUUACUGGAUGGCGUACCAAUCAGAGAAUAUGACCACAAGUACUUGCAUACGAAGGUUGCUCUAGUGGGACAAGAGCCGGUGUUAUAUGCUAGAUCGGUGACAGAGAACGUAGGCUAUGGUUUGGACACCUAUACGAAUGAGCAAGUCCAAACAUCAGCAAAGCUAGCGAAUGCUCAUGGAUUCAUUAUGGACACUACCGAUGGAUAUAACACUGAUGUGGGAGAAAAAGGAAGUCAAAUGUCAGGUAAGGGUUGGAGCUGUCAAAAUUUCUUGGGUAUUUACCUAUCAUUUUUCAACAGGUGGUCAAAAGCAACGCAUUGCCAUCGCUCGUGCUUUGGUAAGAGAUCCGGUCGUGUUGCUACUGGAUGA